UCGCUCCCGAGGCCCCGACGGGCGGGCACGCUGCUCGGGGCCCUGAGGCGGGACCCGCGGCUCUCUCCGCAGCGUCGCCAUGGCCUCGGUGUUCGGGAAGCCCCGCGCGGGCGGCGGGCCGCAGAGCGCGCCCCUCGAGGUCAACUUGGCCAUCCUGGGGCGCCGCGGGGCGGGCAAGUCCGCCCUGACCGUGAAGUUUCUGACCAGGAGGUUUAUCAGCGAAUAUGACCCCAACUUGGAGGACACCUACAGCUCUGAGGAGACCGUGGACCACCAGCCUGUCCACCUGAGGGUCAUGGACACUGCAGACCUGGACACCCCCAGGAACUGUGAGCGCUACCUGAACUGGGCCCACGCCUUCCUGGUGGUGUACAGCGUUGACAGCCGCCAGAGCUUCGAGGGCAGCAGCAGCUACCUGGAGCUGCUCGCUUUGCACGCAAAGGAGACGCAACGCAGCUUCCCAGCUCUGCUGUUGGGCAACAAGCUGGACAUGGCCCAGUACAGGCAGGUCACGCAGGCAGAGGGCGCCGCUUUGGCGGGCAGGUUCGGGUGCCUGUUUUUCGAGGUCUCUGCCUGCCUGGACUUUGAGCACGUGCAGCACGUCUUCCAUGAGGCAGUACGGGAGGCGCGGCGGGAGCUGGAGAAGAACUCCCUGGCCAGGCCUCUCUUCAUCUCGGAGGAGCGAGCUGUGCAUCACCAGGCCCCACUCACGGCCCGCCACGGGCUGGCCAGCUGCACCUUCAACACACUUUCUACCACCAGCCUGAAGGAGAUGCCUGCUGUGGCACAGGCCAAGCUGGUCACUGUGAAGUCAUCCCGGGCUCAGAGCAAGCGCAAGGCACCCACCCUGACGCUAUUGAAGGGCUUCAAGAUCUUCUGAGGGCCCCUGCUCAGGAUCCCAGGCUCGGCACUGGGCCGUCUGCCUGGCAGGGGCUGGCUUCUCACCACCGGCUUUCCUUCUGAUGGAAUAGUAGCCCUCACCAUCCAGCGGACAGCUGAACCCUCCUCCAGCGCCAGACAGUGUCCCUGAUCACUGUAGGAGCCGUAGGGACAUACAGGAAUGCUGUUCCUGUUCCCUCCAGGCCUUAGUUUCCAUGGUAACCACUGUAUCCCUCACCCUGAAGGAAACACCACUGUGACAACGUGGAGAGGUCAGCUGGAAAUGGAAGAAAAUGGCAACAUGCUUCAUGGUGCCGUCACCCCCUUUCCUGCUCCAGCUAUAGCCUGGACUGAUGUGGCCCCCAGGGGACGGCUCUGGGUGGACAGCUUCAUGAGGCCUUCCUGAGGCUUGAGAGCAGCCCACCCUGAAGUCCCAGCACCUCCUGGUGGAUGGGCAGGGCAGGGCUGGGCAGGGGCAGGUUUGGGAGGGCUGGAGCCCAACCCUCCCUUUGUCUUCUGACCUCGCAGAACCACCAGGCCACAAACCCCACAGUUCAUUCAAGUAAAAUCUAGUUGAGAAAUCCUACUCAGCCUGUGAGAAGCAAAGGUGUCUGGGGAAGGGGUAUUUCCAGUGCUUUGCCUCUCAGUGAAGGUGGAGGGAAAGUGCUGCAGGCUGGCCAGUGCAGGGAGCCUCCGGGGUGUUUCACUGGGAGGCAGGGCCCCUGAAUUUUCCAACCUUCAGUCAAGGACUCUGUCCACAGACCCUCAGGACCAGCCUUCUCAAGGUGACUGAUCAAAACUGCAGAACAAAGUCGUCCUCUCCAAUGACAAUAACCCAGGACUCCAGGGAGCCCACCCUGGGUGUACCAGGCAUCCAGUAAGGAGAAACUGUUCUGCGUAUUCUGUCUCUAGUCUGGGAUGGCAGGACCUAGGAUCUUUGGCAACGGGUCUGUGUGUUCAAAGUCCCCUUUUGUAAGAUAGAACCUACACCAUUUUGAGUUCAUAAAUUUUUCAUAAAUUAUUGGGGUUGCCACCCAAGCUUGUACUGCAACACUGUGGCUCACACACGGGAUCACGACCCUCCUUUGGGAUCCCAUGGUUAGUAAGAGAAAGGCCUCAGAGACAGGGGGUUUCAUAGUUUUCUAGCUCUGUUUACCGCAGGGCCCCUGGCCCAGAGGAAGUCUUUCAUGGACCCUUGGCAGAUCAGCAGGUAAAGGAGAGGGCUGCAGUGGAGGGAAGGGAGUAUAUACAUGCUAAGUCACUUUAGUCGUGCCCGACUCUGUGGGACUGUAUGGACUGUAGCCCACCAGGCUCCUCUGUCUAGGGCUUCCUUGGUGGAUCAGAUGGAGGGAAGGGAGGGGAAAUGAAUUCUGAGCCCAGAACCCUGCCCCUUCCUUACUCAGCCCUUCUAGGAGCUUGGAUUGAAAACAGGAUCUCCAGCCCAGGCUUCAGCCACUUUCUACAGAUGGAGAAGCCGAGGUCAGAGGGAGGCUGGGAACUCCUCAAGACCACGCGAGGAGUCUGACCAGGCUUCCUGACCCACAGGCUGGCUCUGGAUUUCGCACUUUCACUCCAAGCCUCUUAUGUGUGGCCCACUGCCAUUUGAACAAACUAUGCAACUCCAGCUGCCCACAUCCAGAAGCAUUUUAAUAAAAAGAUUUUGUUCAUU